UCGGAGAUGUGCUGAAUUGACCCUGGAACAUGGAAACGAGGACUGACGAUGAGGAGGCCCCAACGGACCCAGCGGCCAGGAAACACAAACAUCAUGAUUACACGGAGCAGGAUUUUGAAGGUCACAGAGCGCACACGGUGUUCGUCGGCGUGCACGUGCCUGCCCGGAGACACUCGCAUCGGAAACACAAACACCACCAUCGCGAUGGGGAGGACGAUCGACCUGGGCCGAUAUUUCCUCGAGGCAGACGACUGAGCGUCACAGAAGAUGGCGAAACAUUGACACCUCCGGCUCAACGAGUACAAUUUAUUCUUGGAGAAGAUGUGGACGAUGCCACUCUUGAAUCGCACCCACUUUUCUCCGAAAUGGAAGAGCUGGUUAAAGAGGGAGAUGAACUGGAAUGGAAAGAAACCGCCCGAUGGAUAAAAUUUGAAGAAGAUGUAGAAGAAGGCGGCAACAGGUGGUCGAAACCUCACGUCGCCACUCUAUCCCUCCAUUCGCUCUUUGAACUUCGAAGCUUAAUUCUGAACGGCUCCGUGAUUUUAGACAUUGAGGCUAACUGCUUGGAACAGGUCGCGGACACUGUUUUAGAUCAUAUGGUGGUCGAUGGGUGCUUAGGAUACGAUAGUAGAGACAAGGUUAAGGAUGCCCUGUUAAGGAAACAUAGGCAUCAGCAUGAAAAACGAAAUCACAAUAACAUGUCACGGUUGCCACUAAUCCGAUCACUGGCUGAUAUUGGGAAGAAUCAUUCGUCUUGCAAAAAUUUCCAGGACGGUGGGUCUCGACGCAGCUCGAGUAGUCGGUCCACCUCGUCUCCCAACACCGCUCUGCUGCAUGCUGCUGACGCAAGAGGCUCCUACCUAGCAGUGUCAGGUGGUAUGCAACAAGAAGAGGGAAUGAUAAAAAGUCCAAGUAGUCUUUCAAUGCUUCGGAAUCACAGUUGCGGUGAUCUUCCAAUGAAUGGCGACAUAAAUCAUAAAAGCAAUACGCAUUUUAUGCGUAAGAUACCACCCGGUGCCGAGGCUUCCAACAUACUGGUCGGAGAAGUUGACUUCCUAGAGAAAACUUUAUCAGCUUUUGUCAGACUCAAAUCAGCUACAAUUAUGGGUGAUUUAACUGAAGUUCCCGUCCCGACACGAUUCAUGUUCGUACUACUCGGUCCACCAAACAGUAAUUCCAGUUUUCAUGAAAUCGGUCGAGCAAUGGCAACUCUUAUGUCAGAUGAAAUUUUCCAUGAAGUUGCAUACCGAGCAAAGAAACGUGACCACUUACUAGCUGGUAUAGAUGAAUUUUUAGAUGCUGUCACAGUAUUGCCACCCGGAGAGUGGGAUCCCACUAUUCGUAUUGAACCUCCAGCUGCUAUUCCAUCCCAAGAUCCCAGAAAACGUCCAAAUGAAAAUAAUCCUAAAGAAGAACUAGACGAAGAAGAAGAAGAACAAAAACAAAGAGAAGAAUCGGGUUUAUCUAGGACAGGGAGGCUAUUUGGAGGCCUAAUCAAUGAUCUUAAGAGAAAAGUGCCUUGGUACUGGUCCGAUUUUAAAGACGCGCUAGCGAUACAAUGCGUCGCCUCCUGGAUUUUUCUCUACUUCGCUUGCUUAUCGCCUAUUAUAACUUUUGGAGGAUUAUUAGGAGAAGCGACUGGAAAAAAUAUGGCUGCAAUGGAAUCCUUGAUUUCUGGAUUUGUGUGUGGAAUGGGAUAUGGGUUCUUUUCAGGGCAGCCUUUGACAAUAUUGGGUUCGACAGGGCCUGUUUUGGUAUUUGAGACUAUAGUGUAUGAAUUUUGCAAGCAACUCAAUUGGGAUUAUAUGUCCUUUAGAUUUUGUAUUGGCACUUGGACGGCGAUAAUCUUGAUCACAUUAGUGGCUAUCGAUGCCAGCGCACUCGUUUGUUACAUCACCAGGUUUACUGAAGAAAAUUUCGCCACACUCAUAGCGUUUAUUUUUAUUUACAAGGCUGUAGAAAAUGUGAUUUCCAUCGGCAAGAAAUACCCAUUAAAGACACGCCCCGACGAGGUUCUCAAUUACGAAUGUUACUGUUUGCCGAGCAAUUACUCCGCAGUUCCCCAGCAUUUUAAUUGGACAACAGUUGAUAAAGACUCAUGCCAGUUGUACAACGGAACUUUGGCGGGCGGCGGAUGCGACACAAAAGUUUAUGUACCGGACGUUUUCUUGAUGUCCAUUAUUUUGUUCUUGGGCACCUUUACAAUAUCAAUCAUUCUGAAAGAUUUUAAGAACUCUCUCUUCUUUCCAUCGAAGGUACGACAAAUUAUAAGCGACUUCUCCGUGAUUAUAGCCAUUUUGUCUAUGUCGUUUCUGGACUACAAAGUAGGCGUAAAGACGCCUAAACUCGAAGUACCUUCCGAAUUUAAACCGACGCUCCCGUCAAGGAACUGGGUUAUAACUCCGUUUAAUGGGAACCCUGUCUGGUCGGCAUUAGUAGCAAUAUUACCAGCUUUAUUAGGCACUAUACUAAUCUUUAUGGACCAGCAAAUAACGGCCGUCAUCGUAAACAGGAAAGAAAAUAAACUAAAGAAGGGAUGCGGCUAUCAUCUAGACUUGUUUGUACUGGCUAUCUUGAUUCAGAUUUGUUCAAUCAUGGGUCUUCCGUGGUUUGUUGCUGCCACAGUUUUAAGCAUAAACCACGUGAAUUCAUUAAAAGUUGAAUCCGAAUGCGCCGCGCCGGGGGAGAAGCCACAAUUCUUAGGCGUGAGAGAACAAAGAGCUACCCAUAUUCUUAUAUUCCUGACUAUUGGGCUGUCUGUUGUGCUGACCCCAGUUCUGAGACAUAUACCAAUGCCUGUCCUAUUUGGAGUAUUUCUGUAUAUGGGGGUUGCAUCGUUGAAAGGACUUCAGUUCUUUGACAGAAUUUUAAUAAUGUUUAUGCCACAGAAAUAUCAACCGGAUCACAUGUUCUUGAGACAGGUGCCCAUUCGACGCGUCCAUCUCUUCACCGCUAUUCAACUCACUUGCCUCGUCUGUCUUUGGGUGAUAAAGUCUUUCUCUUCAACGUCCAUUCUCUUCCCACUGAUGUUGGUCGUGAUGAUAGGCAUCAGAAAGAGUCUGGACCUACUUUUCACCAGGCGCGAACUGAAGAUCCUGGACGACGUCAUGCCAGAAAUGACCAAGAGAAACCAAGAUGAGUUACGCGAGCUAGGAGAUGAGGAACCGAGCAAGAGUAAUCCGCCGGCGUAUGAAGAAAAUUUGCAAAUUCCUCUCAUAAAUGGUAAUAUCAUGAAUAUACCGUUAACGUCCAUUAACAUAUCGGAGGAGGUGAAUAAGACUGGUAUUUGGAAGGACGUUAAUAAUAAAACGAAGAAUAAAAAUGGUGUUAAGGAUAGUAAGCCCAAAACAGGGAAGAAAAACAAUAAGCAUAAAAAGCUGAUGUCCAAAGAUCUCCAAUCGGAGAUAGAAAGGCGGCUAUCCACCAUGGACGAAGUGGAAGAAGACGAUCCCCCAGUAAAGGGCGAUAUCGUAAGGCGGAAGGAAUCUUGGAGUGGCGGAAUAAAAAAAAGUGAUUCUAGGAAAAAUAGCACAUCAGCUGAAACUUCGGUCUAACCUCUUAUCAGUCAAUUUUAAACUUUAUGCCAUUUACCAUUUAGUCCAUUUAUCUUUGUAGAUACUGUGUUAGGCUCAAUCUAUACACGGCGGAAGGAACGUUGUGUCUAUGAAAGCUUUUCUUGAUUUCUAGUAUUUUUGUAUCACGUAGUGCGUGUAUAGAUAGUGCCUUAAAAUGUCAAUGUUUA